AUGAUUAGGUUGAGCAACAAAAAUUUGAUUAGAGGCAUGCAAAUGGCAACUUUGCCAAAGCCUAGUCAUUUGACCUUACAGACAACUUUGACAAGAAGAUUUAGUCUGACAUGCAAGGUUCUAAACGAGACAGAUCUUACUGAAGAAGAAAAGGAGCAACUCAAUGAGCCAAGAGCCCGGGACUACGUGGAUGUUUGUGUUGUUGGAGGAGGGCCUGCAGGGCUAGCUACAGCAAUAAAAAUGAAACAAUUGGACAACGCUUCAGGAACAGGUCAACUGCGUGUUGUUGUUCUUGAAAAAUCCAGUGUUCUGGGCGGGCAAACUGUAUCUGGUGCCAUAUUGGAACCAGGAGUAUGGAAKGAACUUUUCCCUGAUGAAAAGUCUGAUAUAGGCAUUCCGUUGCCGAAGGAGUUGGCUACUUUGGUGACCAAAGAACAUCUGAAAUUUUUGAAAGGGAACUGGGCCAUAAGUGUUCCCGAACCAUCACAAAUGGUCAAUCUGGGCCGUAACUAUAUUGUUUCUUUGAACCAAGUGGUGGGAUAUUUAGGCGAGAAGGCUGAAGAGUUGGGAGUUGAAGUCUAUCCCGGAAUAGCUGUUUCAGAUCUGAUAUAUGAUAAAAACAACGCAGUGAAAGGUGUCAUUACUAAGGAUGCUGGGAUUUCAAAAUCUGGCAAGCCCAAGGAGACCUUUGAACGUGGGAUGGAGUUUUGGGCAAGACAAACUGUACUAGCGGAAGGCUGUCAUGGUUCCCUGACGAAGCAUGCGCUCAAAAAAUUCGAAUUAAGGAAAGGUAGACAACACCAAACGUAUGGAUUAGGUAUCAAAGAAGUUUGGGAGGUUAAACCAGAAAAUUUCACGAAAGGAUUCGCCGCCCACACUAUGGGGUACCCAUUAUCUAAUGACAUUUAUGGCGGUGGUUUCCAGUACCAUUUUGGUGACGGACUCGUCACUGUGGGUCUUGUUGUUGGGUUGGAUUACAAGAACCCCUACGUUUCACCGUACAAAGAAUUUCAGAAAAUGAAGCAUCAUCCGUAUUAUUCCAAAGUCCUAGAGGGCGGUAAGUGUAUAUCCUAUGCAGCAAGAGCUUUGAAUGAAGGUGGGUUGCAAUCUGUACCCAAACUGAAUUUCCCUGGUGGUGUUUUGGUGGGAGCUAGCGCCGGCUUUAUGAAUGUACCAAAGAUCAAGGGAACCCAUAAUGCAAUGAAGAGUGGGUUGCUUGCCGCUGAAAAAAUCUUUGAAUCUAUCAAAGAGCUGCCUGUAUUAGAAGAAUCUGAAGAUGAAGAUGUCAAGGCAGAAAUGUUCACCAAAGAGCCAAUUAUCAAUUUGGAGACAUACGAAGACGCAUUCAAACAAUCAUCUAUUUAUAAGGAACUAUACGAAGUGCGUAAUAUCAGGCCAUCCUUCAGUGGUCGAUUUGGUGGAUAUGGAGGUAUGGUUUACUCUGGUAUUGAUUCUUUACUUCUAAAAGGUAAAGUUCCUUGGACAUUCAAAUUUGAUGACAAAAAUGACGGAGAGAUUCUGGAACCUGCCGCCAAUUACAAGCCCAUCGAAUAUCCUAAACCAGAUGGCAAAAUAUCUUUUGAUAUUCUGACAUCUGUCUCCAGAACAGGAACUUACCAUGAUGACAACGAACCAUGUCACUUGAGGGUUCCUGAACAAGAUAUGGUGAAAUAUGCCGAGAGAAGCUUUCCCGUUUGGAAAGGUGUCGAAUCAAGAUUUUGCCCCGCAGGAGUUUACGAGUUUGUGAAGGAUGAAAAGUCUCCCGUGGGUACGAGGCUCCAAAUUAACUCCCAAAAUUGUAUCCAUUGUAAGACUUGCGAUAUCAAAGCACCAAGACAAGAUAUUACAUGGAAAGUCCCCGAAGGUGGAGACGGACCAAAGUACACACUGACUUAA